AUGUCUUCCCUUUUCGACGCCGUCCUCCAGUCCGAGCUGGGCUCGGGGUCUGGUACCCGCGAGAAUCUGCAGUCCGACCACUUGCCCAGCUCUCGACGUUCAGAGAGCAAUGGCCCCAUGAGUGAUAUGAAUGCCUUCCCCGAUGAUCGAGUGGUCGGAGCGAGCUCGUCGGCGGUUAGCCGGCUACGAAACCCAUAUGCUCCUGGUCCCCCGCCUGUGGUCGACGAGGCCGGAGAGAAAGUGCAGCAGGCCUUUGAAGAAUUGCUCGAGACCUUCAUGGAGGAGCCCUCAUCAUCAGCCCCUCCGUCCUCGGGAGAGAUUCUCAGCGACAAAUACUACAUUGCUCAGAUUCGCGGCAUGAAGAAAUUCGAAUUGUCCACUCUCUACGUGGAUUUCACCCACCUGACCUCUCUGGAAAACCCAAUUCUUGCCGAUGCCAUCGCCAGCCAGUAUUACCGUUUCCUCCCUUUCCUCACCAAGGCGCUUCACAACCUCGUGGCCAAAUACGAGGGUGACUAUUUUGUGUCGCAUCGAUUGGCCUCGAGCGCCUCCUCGCAACCGAGCACCUCCAUCGCAUCAGCCUACGCCAGUGUCUCCGAUAACCCCGACCUGGAGCGUCAGAUCCGUGAGAAGACCCGUCACCAACAGACCGACAAGCUCUUCGCUCUUGCCUUCUACAACCUGCCACUAGUUUCGCGACUGCGUCAACUGCGCACAAACCAGAUCGGAAAGCUGCUGUCCGUCUCCGGUACCGUCACUCGAACCUCCGAAAUUCGACCAGAAUUGUCGCUGGGUACCUUUAUUUGCGAGGGCUGCAAGACCGUGGUCAACAACGUCGAACAGACCUUCAAGUACACCGAGCCCAGCGAAUGUCCCAACCAGACUUGCGGUAACCGCAAUGGCUGGCGCCUCGACAUUGGCAAGAGUACAUUUGUGGAUUGGCAGAAGGUCAAGCUUCAGGAGUCCUCGCAUGAGAUUCCCACGGGUAGCAUGCCUCGUACAAUGGAUGUGAUCUUGCGUGGUGAGAUGGUGGACCGCGCCAAGGCCGGUGAACGCUGUAUCUUCACCGGGACCUUGAUUGUUGUUCCCGACGUGAGUCAGCUGGGUCUUCCGGGUGUUCGGCCUGAAGCCGUCCGGGACAAUGGCUCAUUCCGUGGCAGCGAGGUUGGUGGAGGUGGUGUUUCCGGAUUGAAAGCUCUGGGUGUCCGUGAUUUGACCUACCGACUUGCCUUCCUUGCCUGCAUGGUGACGCCUGACACCACGACCCCGGGUCAGAAGCCCGAGCAGCAGCUUAGUGGUCAAUCCAACAACAUCCUGGCCUCUCUGAAUCAGAACCAGGAUCCCGACAUGAAUGACGACAAGGCCCAGGAGGCUUUCCUCCAGAGCCUGACCCCGACUGAGGUUCAGGAUCUGAAGAGAUUGGUGCACUCGGAGUACAUUUACUCACGAUUGGUCGACUCGAUUGCACCCAUGAUCUUUGGUCACCGGCAGAUCAAGAAGGGUCUGUUGUUGCAAUUGAUCGGUGGUGUCAGUAAGAGAACUCAGCAGGAGAGCUUGCAGCUGCGUGGUGAUAUCAACAUUUGUAUUGUUGGUGAUCCUUCGACGAGUAAGAGUCAGUUCUUGAAGUACAUCUGCUCCCUGCACCCCCGUGCGGUUUACACCAGUGGUAAGGCUUCGUCAGCAGCCGGUUUGACAGCAUCCGUCGUGAAGGAUACCGAGACUGGAGAGUUUACCAUUGAGGCUGGUGCCCUGAUGCUGGCUAAUGGAGGUGGUAUUUGUGCCAUCGACGAGUUCGACAAGAUGGAUAUUGCCGACCAAGUCGCUAUCCACGAAGCCAUGGAACAACAGACUAUUUCCAUCGCCAAGGCUGGUAUCCACACCACUCUCAAUGCUCGAGCCUCGAUUCUUGCCGCCGCCAACCCCAUUGGCGGUCGGUAUAACCAGAAGGUUACUCUCCGCCAGAACCUCAACUUCAGCGCACCCAUCAUGAGUCGAUUCGAUGUUUUCUUCGUCAUCCGCGAUGACCCCAAGGAGAGCGUGGACCGCAAUCUGGCCGAGCACAUUGUCAACGUUCACAUGAACCGUGAUGAGGCCGUCGAGCCUGAGCUGAGCACCGAGCAGCUGCAGCGUUACAUCCAGUUUGCGCGGACUUUCCGCCCCGUCUUCACGGACGAGGCUAAGGCUCUUCUUGUUGAAAAGUACAAGGAGCUUCGUGCCAAUGAUGCUCAAGGUGGUAUGGGACGCUCUUCGUACCGUAUCACUGUGCGUCAGCUCGAGUCCCUCAUUCGUUUGUCCGAGGCUGUUGCCAAGGCCAACUGUGUGGAGGAGGUUAUUCCCAAGUUCGUCAUCGAGGCCUACGAUCUGCUCCGCCAGAGUAUCGUGACCGUCGAGAAGGACGACGUCGAAGUCGACGACGAUGUCCCCGCUCAGAACGCCGACGAGGAUCACGACAUGGCCGAUCGUGACCGCGAGGGCGACAGCCCCAUGCGCGAAGACGGCGAACAACAACAACCCACGCCGCAAGAGCGUACUAAGACAAAGAUUACCUACGACAAGUUCUCCAAGAUCCUGAACCUGGUCGUCCGACGCAUCCGCGAGGACGAGGUGAACCAGGGCGAGGGUGUCGAGCAGGAAGACCUGAUUCUUUGGUACCUGGAACAGAUUGAAAGCGAGCUGAACACCCAGGAAGACAUGGAGCGCGAGCGUGAUCUGGCCAAGAAGGUUCUGAAGCGCAUGGUCAAGGAUCACGUCCUGCUUCGCAUCGCGUCAGACCUGAUGGAAGACGACGGCACUACCCAGUUGGCGUCGGAUGACAAGGUUCUUUACGUGAUGCACCCCAACGUUGCGUAUGAGGAGCUGUGA